GGUUGCUAAUCAACCGGGUCACUCCAUAUUCUUCCCCUUUCAAAGAUAUAUUCCCUCUCAACUGGCUCAACCCCACACAUCUUCCUUUUCCUUCCUUCUUAUAAGGAGCUACUCUCCUACCAUCUUCCCUCAAGCUGUUCAAUUACAUUCUUUCUCUUUAGCGUUUUGAGAGAUCCGUUUUUCCCCAAAUGGCAUCGAAUUCUCUGACUUCUUCAUCCUGGACGCCGAAGCAGAACAAGAUGUUCGAGAAGGCAUUGGCUCAAUAUGACAAGGACACUCCCGACAGGUGGCAGAAGAUUGCCAAGGCCGUGGGUGGGAAAUCUGCAGAUGAAGUGAAAAGACACUAUGAAAUUUUAAUCGAGGACGUCAAGCACAUCGAGUCUGGCAGAGUUCCUUUUCCUAAUUACAGGUCGAGCAACAAUAGCGGCUGAAGGUUCGGUGAAGUCUAUGGAGUUUUCCUGAAUCUUUAAGAUGAAGGGUAGCAGUUUCUGAUCUGCAUAUUAUGUCCAAGAAAGCAGGAGGCUCAAGAAGUAGACGACAUAGUCUUGAUGUUCUCUACUUGUAACGUCUUUGUGAUUUAAGUAAUUUUCGACUUGAAAUUGAGUGGCCCAUUACAAGUGAAUGGAUGAAGUAUCAUUUACCACCUGUC